AUGAAGGCCGCGGCGCGGACGGGCCGAUGCCGCCGCCAAGGGAUUGCCACCGCGCCUGGCGGCCUUCCGCCAGGCGCGCCGCCGCCGCCGCGGAGAUCGAGUUCGAGGUCGAGGGGGGCCCGGAGCCCCGCGCUGCCGGAGCGCAGCAGGCCUCUGCGGACGCCGGGAUCGACCACAGCAGGUUCGCGCCGUGUCGGCCAGGCAGCGACCUCGGCUCGUGGCGGGAUCUCCGAGCUCGACCUCAAUCGCCGGGUCUGGAAGAAGAAGGACGGCAUGAGCAUCAAGAUCCCUCCGACGUGA